UCACUACUUUAGUUGUCGUUUAGCUUGCAAUCGGGAAUGUUGCUGGGUGAAACACGGUGUAAAGUCGCCGAAGACUUUUAAAUAAAAUUUACAGAAAUUAUACCUGUGUAGUUGUAAAAGUCUGGGAAUGAAAUUCCACAAAUUUUCACAGUGAAAAUCUCAUUAGGAAAAGUUUCCGGAACAAACAUACAAAAUCUCUUUUGGAUGAUCAGGAAAAUGAAUUUUCUUAUUUGAAGAAAAAAGUGUUUGCUUGCAAAUUAAAUUAAAUGUAUUGUGCUUCAAUGCAACCCAUCAAGAAAGAGGCGACAAAGUAGUUUUUUUUCUUCACCUUAAAGAGUGGUUUGGUGUGGUAAAUGAUAGAAGUGAAAAGAAAAAAUAAAAUACAACAGCAAAAGGUGACGUGUUCUUGUACAUAUAUAAAUGUAUAAUGCUGAGAGCGCAGAAUAUUUAAAUGAAGUGUGAGUCACGAGAUUGUGGAGGGAUUCAUGGUGGAGACGAGGAGAAUAGUUUACGCGACGUAUUGUCCAGUGAAGUAGUUAGUAAAAAGAUGAAAUCACGAAAGCCAGGUCCACCCGUACCACCAAGGCCGAGUGCUGCAGUUGUUGCACACACAAGGCUCACCAAGUCGCAAUCAGGUGUAAUUGUUAAGGAUACCCCCGGAAGGACUCUUGUCUACAAAUCCCCAUCGAGUGGUUGCAUAGCUGAUGAGAAAUUGGUGAAUAAGCAGCUCAAUGGCCAUCAAAAUGGCGGGACUUUUGCCAUCAGUGAUCCCAGCAAAAAGGUUGUCAUUAUGAAUGGCAAAGUACAUUCAACUACCGAAGCAACGAAGGAGAACCUCAAGCCCAUUCAGUUAGAAAUGUAUACCAAAUCCCCAUCGGUUGUGCGCUCAAAGAGAAUUUACAAUGAAUCAGGUGCACAAAAACUCCCAGAUGAAAUGAUUUCAUCCGAUAGCAUCGCGGAGAUUCUUCCGGUUCAGCAGAUAGCGAAUAGCGAUGAAGAGGUAGUAGUGAUAAAUAGGGCAAUGAUGCUCCAUGAAGAGAACAGCAAUUGUAUUGAGAUAAAGUCGGUGCAAGAAUUAGUAGCAACGGAAAAGACGGAGAUAAUCAUAAAUGAUAAUAGCAUAAAUUGUAUUGAAGUACGACGAGAUGAGGGGAAGGGGCCAGACCAGCUGGGGAAUGAUGGGGUUUCGGCCGCAUUAGAAGGGCAACAGAGUCACGAAGAUACCAUUCCUGUGGAAAAGAAAGUUGCCUUCCAUGAAAUGUUAAUUGCCGAACUUACAGCAAUGAGGAAGGAAAAAUUUCCACCAAUUACACCAAUACGCAAAAAACGCCAAUCCAUUGACAGAUCAACGGAUUCCUCACCAAAUGGUACCCAGAGAUCGCGUAUUAGAACCUCAGAUUGGGUAGAAGUUGGUGACAAUGGGAAAGCUGUGGUAUUGACGAGUUGUCACAUUAGUCUUGAGGAUUCGGGCAUGGAGGAUGAAGAACGACCAGAUGAUACAUCUUCAGGUGUCGGUGAAUCCUGGGAUAGCAUUAGGGAUAAUGAAGAACGUAUCAACAUGUCACUGCCGGGGUUGCCGCCUCUACCAAAGAGUUUGAGUGGAUUCGACUUAACAGCUGCACAGCAGCGUCUCUACCAAAAUGAAUGCCUCGGUGGUGGACUUAAGGCAACGUCUACAUCAACUAGGGGUACCCCGACAACAGCAACAUCAACCCCAAAUAGCAACAAUCCCUCAUUAGGUGAUGAUUCCACCUCAGGUGCUGCCCAGCAUUUGGACAUCUCACCGGUGGACAGCAGAAAGUCCACAUUGGACACACAGUUAGAUAUUCUGCGAAGAGAAAUGAUUGACCUCCGUCAGUUGGAUUUGUCGCUUCUCUCACAACUCUGGGCACUCAAUAAAUCCAUCCAAGAGUUCCGUACGAUGUUGCAGGAGGAAGAGACACUGUCUCCGUUGUCGCAGUCACCGUCUCCGUCGGAGGGGAACUCCCUGACGUCCGAAGAUGACGAUGAUGAUGAUGAUCUCGAUGGGAAUAAUGGGCAAAUAGUACCGGAAUCAGUUCAUGAGCCUGCAGUUCCGCGCAUGAGAGUUGCUCCGCCACCACCACCACCUCUCAAUCGGAAACCACCAUCGCGUCCAGUAUGAUACUACUGUUCCCUAAGCCAAAUGAAUUCGGUUUUACGAUCCGUUUUCUGCAGUCGAUACUUUUCUGUGAAGAGCUAGAUUGGUUUAUACAUUUUCACAUUUUAUGCAGCAUUAAUUAAUUGUCAUAAAUUACGAAAGAAUAUGUCCGGAAAUAUUGAAAUAUGUGCGCUUGAAAACAUUGAAAUUGUAACUUCUUUCGUUUUUGUAAACUUAUAAAAAUUCUCAAUUCAGGUUUAAAGAAAAAUAAGUAACUAGGUAGUACAUAUUUAUUAUAAAUUUUCCGUGUGUUUUCCUCAUUUAAAAAUUUUAUUUCUUUUCUCCAAAGCACAAUAACACAUGUUCUAGAAAAAAUAAAUAAAUAUGUGUCAAUUCUUUCGAUUUGCUGUUGUAGACAGAAUUCUUUAUUAAUUUAAUCCACAUAAACGUGUAAAUGACGCAAAUUAUGUUGCAAAGAGUGAUGAAGAGAAUUAAAAAUAAUUAAAUUAUUUGUAUUAUUGUUUUAUUUCUUUGAAAAGCUUAAAACAAAACUAUUCAGAUAUUUUUUGUCAAAAAUAACUAAUAAAGCAUGAAUUUCUGACAAUUAUCACAUUCAACAGUUUUUGUCGCUCAAUUCUUAGCGUUCACAGAAUGGAAUAAUUCUUAAAGUUUUCCUUUUGUACUUUUAAGUGAUGUUCUCAUGCGAGGGAGGAGGUUAUAAUUUGCAAGUUCUGCAAUGAAUGUGAGAAGAAAGGUACAUUAUAAUUAAUUAAAUUGGAUUGAUAAUAUUAAUAAAAACAAAAAUAAAUAAAGAUUUACCUGAUGAA